AGCAGGGGGCGGGCUCUGAGGGACGGUUAGGAAACCAAGGGAACGGGAUGCCGUGAAGGAGCAGGACUGAGGUGUUUGCCCUGGGCGCUGAUAGAUUAGACCGGAGGUUCCUGCAGCAGAGAGAAAUUCAAAUCCAACGAUGAUUGAUUCAGUGAAAAUACGCCGCCAAGGGGCCAUGGACUUCCGAUCCCAUUACGACUACUUGUGUGUCUUACAAGACUCUGUUCCAUUGCAAGCUGUGAAAGCCAAUCUCCGACAAGGCUCCCUCAGCUUUAAUGCAGAUAGAGUAAAAUUAUCUGAUUGGCCGCCCGUUCUUAAUACGCUGAAAAUUAACAAAAGCUUGACAUGUGUGGCUAUUAAAAGCUGUCAUCAGCCCGGACUUGGGGAAUCAGCAGAUUCUGAGAAAUAUGGAGUCCACUUUCGGAGACGAAUCCCACCUAUUCGGUCCAAGGACAUGACCUUCCAACUGUGUAGGUCAAUUACAGCCUGCUUGACUGUGUCCAGUUCUUUAAGAGAGCUGGAGCUCCAUGGACUUCCUUUAAGGGAAAGAGAUUUAAAAACUUUAGCAAAGGGACUAGAUUCCUCGUCAUCCUUGGAGCGCUUAGCUUUACCAUAUUGUUCAUGUGGGGAUGAAGGCCUGAAAAUAAUUUGCAAAAGUGUGAAGAAUUCACCAACAAUCAAGGUUAUAGAUUUUACCGGGUGUAAUCUGACAUGGCAUGGAGCUGAAUGGAUAGCAAGUGUUAUAAAGCAUCAGGCAACUAAAAGGCACAGUGAGGCUUGGGCGGAAAGCUUAAGAUAUAGACGACCUGACCUUGACUGUAUGACGGGGUUGAGACGAAUCUCCUUGAAUUGUAAUACACUGGUUGGAGACCAAGGAGCAAAAGCAAUAGCAGAUGUUCUUGUGGAGGACCUGUGGUUAAAAGCAUUAGAUAUGCGACAGUGUGGAAUAUCCAAUGAUGGUGCGAAAGCUUUCCUUCACGCACUGCAAACUAAUACAACUCUGAUGGUCUUGGAUAUAAGGAAGAAUCCACUUAUAGACCAUUCAAUGCUAAAGCCUGUUAUUGAAAGAGUACUUUUGAAUGCCCAUGACACACAUUCUGAGUACAAAUGGUUUGCCUCACCAUCGUCAAAGGAAGGGUCAAAAAUGAAACGGUCAACAGCAUUACGAAAUGGACUAAAGGGAAAGAACACCAUUCGCAUUGGUUUGGCAACUAAGAAGACAUUUGUUUCUAGAAGAAAAUGUACAUCUAAGGAACUCUAUGCCCCUGAACCAAAGACGCCAGGAGAGAAAGAUUUCCUCCCAUGGAGAACUGCAGAGAGAGCCAACAGACACAGAGAAAUUUCGGUAGUCUCUACUCCUGAGCAGAAAGGAACCCCAUUAAAUGUCUUGAUGCACAGCGGGAGCUCUACAGACAGUGAUGAAUCCGAGAGUUCAUCAGACCUCAUUAUUGAAGAACCUGUUGUGUGUGGCCUUCACAUGAAAAGCAGCACAACGGACUACAAGCGCCUGCAGGUUGCAUUUCAGGAAUGCCAGCUGAGGUUGGAGCAGGAAAGAAAAACAAGAUUAAGAGCUGAUGACAGGAUAAUGGAGCUGGAAGUUGAAAAUGCUCGAUUACGACAAAUAAAUCAAACUCUCUCUGAGGCCCUUGAAGCACGCAAUGUAACUUCCGUACUCCUUGAGGAUGAUGGUGUUCUUGACAGCAUAGAAAAAUCAUUUAAUAAAUUCCAUGCUUUCCUGGAUCUUUUAAAAGAUGCUGGGUUGGGACAGCUUGCAAGUUUGGCUGGCAUUGAUCAGUCAGACUUUGCCAUACCCGGAGAGCCUCAAUUGUCUUCUACAAUUGAAAGAACUCGACAACCUUCAUCUGAGAUAUUCCAUAACCUACAAAGAACCUACUUGGUUGACCAGGUUGACAUUAGCGAUAAUAAGAUUGCUCCUGCAGAUUCAUUAGAGAGAUCCUUUACAGCGGAUGCAACAACUAACCCUCCACCUUGUGCAUCUGAUGAAAUUCCUACCAACAGCGAGAAGAGCAAAGGAGAAGUGGGCCUUGAUCUUUCUAUAAAGGAUGUGGAGGCAUGCAGGAACAGCAGGGUUGCUGCUGAACAGCAAAAUACCAAAGAUGCACACGUUUUGAAAAAAGCUAUCCUGUCUGACAGUAAAAGGGCCGAUAGUGAAUGCUCAGCAUCAGAUUCUAGCAGAAGUAGAAAAAGUCAUGCCAGUAGCAGUUCUAAGGAAUCCGCCAGCAGUAAGCUUCGAAAACAGUCUUCAAAAAGGCGCAACAAGCAGAGCUCAUCCCCAUGACUUAGGAAAUCAAAAUACUUACAAAACUUCAAAUUUUUUCUGAUACCAGUGUAGAAUCGGAGAUCCUAGAUAACCUUGAGUGGAUAGGGGGUAAACACAGGGGGUCAAAUUAGAGAGCUGAGGUCUAACAAGAUGUUAUGCCAAAAAUCUGGAAAUAUAAAGUGACUCAAAUUGCAUAAACAACAAUUAAGCUACAUAAUUUAAUCAAAAUUUCAGCUUUUAGCAGCAGAAAAGUUUUAGGAAUACACUACAAUGAUGUAGGGAAACUUCCCAAAAUCCCAACUUCUGCCCCCUCAAACCUAUUGGUAUGUAUAAUUUUGCUAUAUUCUGCAAAUCGUAAUAUUAAGAGGAAAAAUGAAAGGGUCCGGCAUACAUUACAGUCUUUCACUAUGAAGGACAGUUCUUAUGUUAUAAAACACAUAAGCGUCAUUUGGCAUCAGCAACCGCAUGUAACAAGUUUAUUUGUGCCUGAAUAAAGCUAUGAAAGAAUUUAACAUAUGCUGGACCCUUUUAUUUGUCCACUGUUGGACACAAUGGAGGCCCUUGCAUCCUUGAUCAUUGGAGCAGGAUACAGGAGGCCUGUCAACAGUUUUUUCAAUAGUAGUGUUUACAAUAAAAACAUAAACUACCAGAAAAUGGGAAAAGACCACCUGGAAAAUGUAACGCAUUUGAGCUGAGAUUGACAAAAUCUGCAGGUGAUGCUUGGUCAAUAUUCACACAGCCAAGGUGGUGGACCCUUUUGCUUUCUGCAGCAGGGCAUAUAUCUGGACAGAGUACACUACUUUCUUUUUAAAUCAAGAUAGUUUUUAUUGAAAGAGUAAAACACAGUGUACGACAUAUACACAUACUAUAUAAUUCAGCAUCCAACGGCAUGUACAAUAAAAUAAAUUUGUUCCCUUUUUUAAAUAUAAAUACAUUGUUGUUGUGUUAUUAUUUCCAAGGAGUACACAUUAAUCACAAUGUAUCCAGGGCGUACAUACAUCAUAAUAAAACCCAAUCAUUAAACCAAACUAGUAUGUACCUAACUUAGAACAAUCCCAGAACAUAUGUACCAGAGAGGCAUUCUCAGCCCCGCAGCGAGGGCAACAGGAGUUAGGGCGAAGACCAAUUUUAUAGAGGAAGGCAGGGGCCCUUUAGACCCUAUGUAAUAGAUACAGCUGAGACAGGCGCUGCGCUUCAUUAAGAGUCAGGCUGGGUAUUAAGGCUAAGGUAUCAUUCCAUUGCUCUUGGGAGAUAGCACCCAGAUCUCUUUCCCAUUUGUCUUUAACUGGAAGGGAUCCACCAGGAGUAGCCCCCCCCCCCCCCAUGCAAGAGUACACUACUUUCAACUUGGACCCAUAUUUUAGCCAGGAUGGUUGUUGGCAGCUGUGCAUGCUGGAGAGGUCUUGUGAUCAAGCUUACCAAGGGAGCUGCUGGAUACCCCGAAGAGCAUGUUGUUUAGUGCGAGCAUUGUCUAGUUUGAAGACCACCUAACUCGGUCUACAAAGGCGAUAGGACUGGUUACACAAUGUCCUGGACAUACCAAAGGCUGCUCAAUGUUCCCUCCACAAAUACUAUACUGGAAUGGCAAUGGUAGCUAAUGGCACCCCACACCAUACCUGUUUUUUGUGCUGUGCGUCUCUUCACUAUACAUGAGGGCAGUAGAAGCUGUGAUAUGUACUCGGUAUGUCUAGGACAUCGUGGAACUAGUCCCACUGCCUUUUUUUUUACUUAGGAUACAUGGUAUUCCAACGCCAUAACACACAUUGUCUGCACUAUACAACAUGCUCUGCAGGGUAUCCAGCAGCCCCUCUGGCCAGCUUGAUCACCAGACCACCUUCCAUCGAUCUGAGACUGGAUGAGGUGACAGAUCUCCCAUGCACAGCAGCCAUCAACUACCUUGGCUAAACUACAGUUCCAAGUUAAAAAAAGCCUGAAUUUACACACCACAGGAGGAUAUCCAGCACCUGUAUGACUGUUACCAUGCUAGUGUGGCAGCACGAGGAGAUGCCACCCUGUGUUAAUAUGACCCUGCCUCACCAUAUACCCUGUUGCAGAACCCCCAAAAAAGGGUGCACUGCCUAGGCUUUGUUAAUCUGAGCUCAAUUGCAUUACAUUUUCCAGUUAUUUUUUUCAUUUUCUGCUACUGUACUAGGAAAACCGAACCAAAUGUAUAAAAAAAAAUGGAAAUAGAAUAAAACUUUUAUAAGAUGCUGUGAAUAUAUUUAAAUUCAAUUUGUUUGGUACAUUGUGUGUUCUUUUUUUACCUUAUGAAAUGUUUAAUGCAAUAUGUUUCUAAGUUGUCAACUUAAAUAAAACUGUUUUUAUAGUU